CUGAACACAACGGUACUAUUUAGCUAAUAGGGAUGAUAUUGUUUCUGAACACAACAGUGCUAUUUAGCUAGUAGGGAUGAUAUUGGGUUAACAUUUUGUAACCAAAUAGUCGUAUAAAUUCUUUUGACCGAUUACCUGUAAUAAACCAGUUAAUCGUUAAGAAUUAUAAUUCUGAAUUACUGAAUUAUUUCAUUUUAUUUUAGCUUCAGUUAUAUUUUUAAUUCACUGAGGAACAACAUGACCAGUGUUUCCAUAAGUAAAGACGUCAACAAAAACCACAUGAAAGGAAGAAUGUAUUUAGAAAUUCAAAAUGUUCACUUUUUGCAACGUCUUGCCAGAACGGUGCAUCAUAUAAUUAUUUAUUAUAUUACAAUAUUUGGCUUCAAGUUUAUGAUAAAGAAAUAAUUAUAUUGUCUUCGAAGUUUGUUUACAAGAAUUGUUAAGGUGGCAAAAAUCCGUUUGGACGGCACACGCUAAUAAAGUUACUCAGCACCUGCGCGUCCGUUCUACAUAACACAGCUGACAUUUCAUGUCUUUCUCAUUUAAGCAUUACAAUACUUUAAACAUUGGGAAGUCACUCAGAAAUAUGAUUUAGUCCGACCUGCAUGAUUUUUAGGCGCCCCCCUCCAUUUUUAUUUUGAUCCUCUAACUUUGUAUAGUGAUGUAUCUUUCUACAUCUAUGUUACUUGUCGUCAUUAUACCAUGCAUUGUAAUGGUACUAAUCAUUGAACUGAUUAUUUAAAAAAAAAACUAUGUGGAAAAUAUGCUGACAGCGCCGAUUUUAUCAGUUUGAUACUAGUACUGCUCGGUAGUUUAUUUAACGCAAGCAUUAUAGACUAUAGAGCCUGACUGGGAACUUUGAAAAAGGUUUUACCGACAGAAUGGACUAUAAUUAUUGGUACUGCAUGAAAUUUUACUUUAAAGAUUAUCAAAUCUGAUCAGUCAUUAAAAAUGUUAAUAUUUAAACAUCACCUAGACUUUGAAUAUUACGACCCCUCCCCCUUUAUUUAAAACAUAUAUGUGACACAGGCACGCGGCGGUAUUUCUCUAGUAAAAAUAGCCCGGCCAAUCGGUUACAAAUUUUCUAAUCGGUUAGCAUUUGUUCACCCGAGUAAUCGAUUAAUUUAACCGGCUUAUCGUUGUUAUCCAUAGUAUUAAAAUAUUUAAUACAUACAUAUUAUUUAUAAACUAAGCAAACUCGUACAAUUCGUACAAGCAAGAGUUACGAAAAUCCGGAAUAUUUCUUUAAAGUACUUAGAAUAAUCCUGUGCUGCAAUAGCAAACAAAUAUUUUGUGACACGUUUUGAAACACGUAGUGUAGGAUAUGAAAUCCGCGUGGGUUGGUUUCGCUGUUUGUAUAGAAUCACCGGAUAUUGCUAAAACGUGGAAUGGAAAAUGGAACGGAACGUAAAAUGCUUAGUUGAUAUCAUGGGGGUGAUCGGCAUUUUGUAAGAUUAAAGGGUUCAUUGUAUUAUGAACGAGGGCAGCAGAAAUUUCAUUGAAAACGGGAAGUCAUUCUUAUGUUCCACCGUUUCAUAUACUUCAUAAGUUUUACACAUAUACUUACAUUGUGCAUGGUGUAUACAUGUACGUAUUUUAAAAUCGUAAUAUAACAUACUAUUUAAGCAAGCGCUUGUGUAUACUACCUCUGUUCUCGGAGUUGCCAUUUUCUGACACCCUCUCUCUCACCGAUUGUAACAGUAUGUUGUUUCACAAAUAUAAAGAAAAUUGAAAAUGAAAAAAUAAAAUACCGAAAAAAAAGUAACCUUUCAAAUCUUGAUACUUCUUCUCUGGUAUUCACCUUUAGAAAUAAUUUUACAAGCCUAUCCAAUUAAUAAGAGAUUUCCAUUCCCCUGAAAACAACAUUGAAAGACAAAGUUACAAUAGUAAAUUCUUUUUCUGUUCCCCAGCUAUUGUUUUUGUUCUCUCUUUUGAUAUCUUAUUAUUUUCAUUCUCUGCCGAUAAAUAUUGCAGUCAUAUUACCGGAGUUACAAUAUUCUUGUAAAACACUUUUUAACUUCCAUAGAAACAUUUACCAAAUGUCUCGUUCACACGUAAACGUAAGUUAAUGCGAAUCAAUUCUGAACCCCGUUCACACGGAAAUUUCAAUCAGCCUCCGUGUGAACGCGGCAUAAACUUAAUCAAUUCAUGUUGUAAAACAUUUUAAAAAAAAAAAAAAAAAACGCUUUUACCGCUUGUAAAGAAAUUCCUGAAAUUGUGAUUUUGAUGGAAUUAAUGUAUUUGCCCGAUUUUAAAAAAAAAAAUCUUAGCGGCAUAUAUUAUUUUAAAUCCCCAUUAAUCUUGUGUAAUUAAAAAAUACCAUUGCUUGCCUUCUGAAGAAUUCAAUCAACGGCUUACAAUAAACUUGAACUCCACCCACACUCCUUAAAAAAAAUAACAACAAAAGUAAGAAACGAAAAGUUAAAUAAAAAUUGAUCCGAUCCAGUGGCAGAUCUAGGGGGGGGGGGGGUACGGGGGUUACAAGCCCCCUUUUCACGAGAGAGAGAGAGAGAGAGAGAGAGAGAGAGAGAGAGAGAGAGAGAGAGAGAGAGAGAAUGAUCAUAGAGUUAUUAAAAUCCUAGACGAUGGAAAUUGUUUAUACAAUCGUGCGUCAACAUUUCUAUCAGGUGAUGAGAAUUCAUAUUAUCUUUUAUAUAGUUUGUAUGUAAAACUUAUACGGUACCAAUGUUGAUGCAACAGAUGCGCAUUUCGACAAAUUAUGUCUCUUCAGUAAUGCUCAGCCGAAAUGUUUGAAAUCCGAAAUAACAAUGACGUUUUAGAACUAGUAUAGGAAAAAACAGUGUGACAAAAAAGUGGAGUCAAAUUCCUCUAAGGAUAAGAGCUAUGCGUGAGGGAGAUAAUCCUUAAUUUUGAAAUUAAUUUGUAAAUUUUGGAACAGCAAUUAAAUAUAUAUCCGUAUUUUCUUGCUAGUAACGAAGUACUUAACUACUGGGCUGUAAAGACCCCCGGGGACUAACAGUCCACCAGCAGAGGCCUCGUCCCAGGGGUAUCUGUAAUAAUUCAUUUUAUUUUUAUUUAUUUUUUAAAUGAAUUACUGGAAGUAAAUCGGAAUGUAUUUUAAAACAUGAUUCGUUUUAAAGUCAAGAGUUACAGAUCUACGUCUGAUAAUUAUACAAUAACAUUAAUCCAAAUUGGAAUUCAGAACUACAAAUUGAUAGUAUUCCUGUUAAGUUGUCGUUUAACUAAUUUGACGUACGUUAUAACAACUCUCAUUUCCUCUUCACCCCCCCCCCCCUUGAAACAAUUCUAGAUCCGCGCCUGCGAUCCAUUAACGGACUAUUGACAUUCAAUACUAGUAAUUGAGUGAUGGAAGUAAUUUGGAAAUUUUGUCCAAAUGAAUACCGUCUGGUCACUGGUCAUAUAUCGUUAUAUUUCUUUCAAAAAAUUAGAAUGUUAGAUAUCAAAUCGGGAAACCUUUCUUUAAUAUAUAAUCAUGUAGAACACAACACGAUGUUAAAGUUUGUCUUUUAAGAAACCAUAUGACUUCGCUGCAUUUGUAAUUUAUACUUCGUUUCCGGCGGUAGGCCGGGGUUCAAAUCCCAGCCGCGACAGACCUAAGUCGUUAAAACAGGUAGUGAUAGUUCCAUCGCCAAACGCUCGGCAUCAGGUGUGAAUGUCACUGGUCCUCGGAGAUGACCUCAAAAACGAUUGUUCAUUGUCACAGUAGGUGUGGCACGCUAAAGAACCCUCACUGUUCAAUGGCCGUUAGCGCCGAGCAUAGGCCUAAAUUUGAAGCCCUUUACCGGUCUUGGUGAGGUUUCCAUAUGAGUGAAAAAUUUACGACCGAGACGUUAAGCAAGAUACAAUCAAUCAAUCAAUCAAUCUUUUCCGGCCAUGACGAUGCGCGGAAAAAUUGUUGUGUUCGGCAGUUUUCGUAAAGUCACAUGGUAAAAGAAACCUUAAUUCCGCGACAUAGUGCGGGGAAGAAAAAUGUCCUCGUAAAGUCAUGCGGUCAAUUUCUACUGUCAUGUUUUAUGCCUAUACAUCUUGAAAAAUAAUAAAUAGCACCUGAUUUCAUUAGAUGUGGGUUUUUUCCCUUGAAAAACUGCUCACUUGGCCUACAACUAAUUUUACAAAAAAAAAAAAAAAUUAAAAAAAAAAUUAAAAAAACCCAACUGAAAGAGUUGUUGAAAUACAGAAAGUUUAUUUUGCUGAACCCGAUUCUUUUGUAAAAUUUGUGAUAUCGUGAUAUUAAUGUUUCUUCAAUAUUCUAUCAAGUUUAAUUAGCACUAUUAAAAAAAAAAACUCCAAUCAGUAAAGGUGGAGAGAGGCCACUAGGCUGAUGUGAUAUAGAUUUUCUGAAAAUAAAUAGUGGCAGUUCCAGAAUUUCCCGUGGUUGGGUGGACGGGUGGGGGUAUAUUAGAGAGUAUGUUUUGGUGUUGCUCACAUUCGUACCGUAAUCAACAGAAUUAAGAAAGCAGAUUGCAUAUACUUGGGUUGAGACAUUACAAUUUUCACGUCCUUUAUGCGACGCGUUGAACAUAUACACACCAGAUUUUCACCAUGUCCACUUAUCCCCCGUGUGUUGUUUUAAGAAUACGUGCAGUAUGGACCCAAUAUUCUAGGUGUACAUGUAAACGAAGUUCGAUUGAAAUGGGAAGACAAAAUCUUUUAGCAAAAUAUAAAUUGACAUUUCUUUAUUCCUAAAAAACACAAAAUGACAGUUUGUCAUAAAUAAAGAACAUGACCCACAAUAUGCCAUUUUUGGCCUACCAAAUUUGGAAAAAUUAAAGAACACUUCAGAAUAAAUCAAAGAUGAUAUUUUUUAUCCAUAACAUGAGCCAAGUUGUAUUGCGCAACCGUUUCCUCACACCGGAUGUUUAAAGCACUCAAGUAAAUGCCCAAACCUACCGCAGUUUCACGUUUUCCGGGAAAAUCGCAUAAAUUUGCCAACUUCAAUCUAUAAAUUCACAUGGGCCGCAUUACUCACGACUCAAUUUUGUAAACUAAAAUUAAAAUGCAAAGUUAGAUUAACACUUUCCAUUAAAAAAAUUAACUCGUAAUCAAUGAGGCCACGUCGAAAAAAAAAUAAUAAAACAAAAUUUGCGACGUCAAAAGUGUCGUCUGGAAACGUCAAAUUCCACAGAAGAAGUCAUACAUCUAACGCAGUUGAUACGACUUAAAAAGAAAUAUCAAAGAGGUGAGUUUUCAUGUUGUUAAUAUUUAUUAAAUAUAUAAAAAUCAAUAUCUAAGCGAGUAAAUAUGAUAGUCAUGUAUUGGUUUACAUGGUAAAAAGGUACAUUUGUACAAGGGGAGGGGGUGUAAGACCUAUUGUGUAAACUUACCUGUAUGUUGCAUGUAAUAUAUGAUAUAUGUAUGCUUGUUCGUUUGAUUCCGAUGUCCGUUCCGGUGGUUUUAAAUGUACCGAUUUCCUUACCUUUUGUUACAUAAAUUCUAUUGUUUGAAACAGAAUAAAUGUCCGAAUCAAACGUACAGUACAAACAUAUACGGUAUAGCCCGGCCUAUACCCCAGUGUACAUUUCAAUUAGGCCUACAUAGGCCCAGCAUGUAUGCAGUAUGUAUGCAGUAUUACGCAGAGAUGUGCGAUAUAUUUACAGACAGCAUGUUCUAUAUUGUAUGAAUUUGUCCAUCGGUUGACACAAUUUUACAAAUCUUGUACUUUUAUACAGUUCUCAGUUUCAAUACGAUAUGAAGUCUGCCAACCGUAACUGUAAAGUUAUGGCAACGUCGUAAAUUAACAAAAGUCCGCAUAUUGCUGGGAUUACGGCAAAAUUGACACACGACUGUUAGCUUUAUCUAUUUUAUAUUAGUGCUUCAGAAAUUUAACCGUACGAUAUUCAUGUAUACAGCUGAAAAACCCGGCAAAUUAUUUUUUUUUGUAUUUGAACUAUUUAAGUUUGUAACUUCAUAAGUCCCGUGUAUAUGCUUUGGUUAAAACCUAUAAGAACACACAAAAAGAUUGUUUUUAAUUAAAUCAGUCACUUUAAAUACAUAUCAAAAUAUAUCUUGUUGAAUAAUAUUUAACAUAACUUGCGUUGAAAUGUAGAGCAUUCACAUAUAGUUGUUUACUUUUUUCGAUUGAAGGGCAAUAACUCUAAAAGGAAAAACUGACUGGUGGUGGAUCCAAGUUUCUUUUUCGUUUCGUUAUACAUUAUAUAUAUAUCAAACGUUUUAAAUGAUUUUUUAAUAUUUAUUUUGUGCUAUAGACAAGAUUAAUGUUGAAAAGAUAUGUUAUAAGUGUUCAAACAAAAUUAAAUUAAAAAAAAAAAGGUGAAAAGCAAAAUUUAGCACACACCCCCCCUCACAGGAAAAUGAAUCACAACACAAUUCUAUUGAUCAUUUUCCUAUUAUCUAUAUUAUUUCAUUUAUGGAGAUGUGGUAUUUUUGCAGCAGUUUUCCUUUAGGAUUAGGAAAAGAUUUAUUUUUUCUUUAAAUAAGGGAAUGUUAAAUUAAUACAUCGUUGUAAACCCCAUACCCCCUCUAUAUUUCCCACUGACAUAAUCAACAAAACAUUUGAAGAUACACAUUUUCAGUUAGUGAAAAAAAAAUAUCAAAGGUUUUAAAUACAAAUUAAUUGAUUUAGAAUUAGAUUUUAGGAAAAUAACCUAUCAAUAAGUUUUAACAUGAAGACAAGAUUUUCAUCCAACCAAAAUUGUAUUUCAAUUAUUUGAAAUAAAUAUUUCAGAUAUGCCAGGGAGUGGCCCCAAACAUUUCCUCUGUUUCAACUGUCCACGGAGAGUAAAAUCAAAACACAGGUUCAGGAUUUCAGAUAAAUAUAGGACAGUGAUCACCACCCUCACAGGGAGGAGACCUUCUGAGCAUGAUUUUUUGUGCAAUAGAUGCCAGUGUAUGUGUUACUCCCGUAUUAAACAGAAGAAGAUUAAGCCGGUUAGGACACAGGUUCAAGACAGUCCAGCACCAUCAUCAGCAGUAGCAGCUAUUCUAAUUAGUCCUCCUUCUGUAUCACUCCCAUUCCCAUGUACAUCAAGAGGGCACGCUUCAUGCUGUAUCUGUAAGCGACCAGGUCCAAAGCUAGUUGUAGUACCCUUAGGAGUAAGACAUCAAAUCUUCAUUUCUAAAGAGGUUAUCAUUCCUGCCGGGGCUCGCUGCUGUCCAAAUCAUCUACAACAAGACAUAAAAGAACUUGAACCUAUUGCUGACAACACCAUGUUCAACAAAACAGGAGUGGCAAAAUUAAUCAAGUUUUUGAGAUCUGAAGUUUUGAAAAAAGAAAAAAUUAGGUUGGAUUUUGACAGCAGUGUAAGUCUAACGGACAGUGAGUACCAGAAUCUCCUAGGAAUCCCUAAAGCUGCGUUUGAGGACUUGCUGACAUAUGUUGAGGGAAAAGUCAAGGUAACUUCAGUGAGAACUGUCAGAACGAGUUUGGCCAUUUUCCUGAUGAAGCUCAGAGGUGGAAAAUCCAACUGUAUCCUCUCAACAUUGUUUAGGAUAUCCAAAUCCAGCAUUUACAGAGCAGUAAAGACAAUUCGCACAGCGUUAAUGAAUGGUGGAUUUGUCACUGGGAAUCUUGGUUUUGGCCAUGUGACAAGAGAGAAGAUAAUUCAAGAACACACUCGACCUUUAGCCCAAUACAUAUUUGGUGAUGCAUUGUCCCAACAGGCAAUACUUGUCCUUGAUGGAACUUACAUUUAUAUCAAUAAAAGCGGAAAUUUUAAGUUUCAACGACAGUCUUUUAGCCUUCACAAAGGGAGACCACUUGUGAAGCCAAUGAUUAUUGUGUCGACGACAGGCUACUUCAUUUCUGUUUUGGGCCCCUACUUAGCUCGCAACAAUGACGCUACCAUUUUGAACCAUAUAAUACGCAGCAAUAUCGAGGACAUACGGAGCUGGGUCAACGAGAAUGAUAUCUUUGUGGUUGACCGUGGAUUUAGGGAUUCUUUGGAUUACCUCCAAGAGAUGGGAAUUUGUGCCAAAAUGCCUACAUUCUUAAGAAAAGGAGAAAAGCAAAUGUCAACUGAAAAUGCUAACACCAGUCGAUUACUGAGUAAGAUUCGAUGGGUUGUGGAGUCAGCAAAUGCUAGGAUUAAACAAUGGCGGUAUUUAGGGCACAUCCUACCAUCAAGUCAAAUACCUUACAUCGGUGAUUUUGUGAGGAUUGCAUGUGCCAUAUGCAACAGGUACUUAAAACCACUUGUCUGUGGUGACACCGAGGAGAACCAAGCCCUGGGAGCUAAAAUGGUGUACCUCUCCAAGCAAGUGAAUUCUCUCCAGCACCAUGUGGAAGAAAACAAGCUUGAUCGGCGUACAGUUUGCUGGAGGGAAGUAGAUGACCUGACUGACUUCCCCUGCCUGGAUGAGGAACAGCUCCGACUUCUCACUUGUGGUACCUAUCAGUUGCGUCUAUCACCGUCAUACGCUCAGGAGCAUGUUGAGGGGGACUGCAGCAUCCAAGUUCACAGGGAGGAUCCAGGUCUUCUACGCAUAAAGCUACAAAGCAGGCAUGUCUCAUCAAGGACCUACUUAUUGUGGAUACAGUACGAUAUAGGUGAAAUAAAAGCUUGGUACUGUAAGUGCAAAGCUGGUGCACGUGUUGUAGGGAUGUGUUCUCAUGUCGCUGCUAUCCUGUGGUAUCUAGGGUAUGCUCGCCAUCACAGGGAAGAAAGAAUGGGUGUUCGAGACUGGGGGGAGUUUGUCGAUGAUGCCACACUAAUUGAUGAUUCUGAUAGUUCCAGCAACAGUGAUGAAAGUGGACCAGAGGAGUAACAUUUUCAAUUUAAGUAUUGUAUGUAAUACUGUAUAUGUAUUAUCUGUACCACUGCAUUUGUAUAAUUCACAUGAUUUAAACUCAAGUAGUUCUUCAGUAAUUAAAAAUUAUGUUUGUUAAUUACAAAUACAUCAACACAUAGCAUGCACACAAUGAUUUUUAACAUGUAGUUUUAUUCCUAGAAAUCUGUAGAAUAUGGAAACUUGUGCUAGACAAUAGAUUUAUAACCUUUCUUUACCAGUGAUGCAUUUGUUGACAAUUAACAGGGUAUUUGACUUUAGCAGAAUAAAUACUUAUUAUAUACUACUACUAUUAUUAUUAUGAUACUUAACUGGUACAUGAACAAACAUGAUUUCUAAGUGUUAUUUUCUGUAUAGAUCUACAUGGUACUUCUAUUGUUGGGAAGAUUCAUCUAAAUAUUAUGCAACAGGAAAAUAUAUUUUAUAAAAGCAACACCUGUAAAUACAGUAAUAUGUGUUUUAGCAGUGUUUUGUCUGUCUUAAUGUUCACUUGUAAGUUGUACAUAUGUAUUACUCUUGAUUUUGAGUCAAUCCUGAGGACACUUUGAUUGUUUAUUAUUCAAACUGUUAUGAAAAUAUACCAAUUUAGAUUAUUUCUCAUUCUGUAGCAUUUACAAGCAUGUAUAUACACAUGUAAAAUGCAAUAUAUUAUAAUCCAAACAUUUAAAAACUACAGAGAUUUAGGAUGUCAAAGAUGUAUAUAUAUUCUAUUUCAAAUAUGUAUCUAAAUCUAAUUUUGUGAAAUUGAUUUUUAAAAAAAUCUAUAUUAAUGAUUUUUAGACCACAUAAUUUACGUUCUGUCAGUCAAAAAUGUACAGUAUUGCAUAAACACAUAAAAAUGUUGAUUAAAAUACGUCAGUAUCUUUAGAUGAUUAAUACGUAUAGGAAUAUACAAUUAUUGAUAAAGAUAUAUACAGUAAGAUUUUGUACAGUAUCAUUUUUCAUAUCGUAUUUCAGAAUCAAAUAAUAAUAUACUCAUUUUGACCCCCUA